AUGACGAUUGACCGUACUCUAGAACUGACCUUCAAUCAUGUCGUCCUGCCCCCAAAGCUCUCUGGUGAGCAGGACUGCAAGGUUGAAGAUAUUGAAAGGGAGCUGCUGUCGCGUCUCCUGUGUGCGAUCAAGACGAUAGGAUCCUGUGGAGAAGACGACCUUCCCAUAUGGCACAAUAUCGUGAAUACACUGCAGAGUUGCGGACCUGUGGAUGAGAAAAGAUAUGUGAAUAAAGUGGCGCUGACGAAUGUCUUCCACGAUCUGGAUUCUCAGCAUGCUGUUAUACUUCGCAUCGCGGAGCAAAAUGCUGAGUGUAUUCAGGAAGUUAUCUUCGAGGCCUUUGAGGCAUCACCCACUGCUGAGGAAACUCUGGCAUCCCAGGGCGCCUUGCAGUGGGACUUUCCCAGCGUCGCCGUAUCUUUUCGUUCCAAAUUUGAAAAGUCUGUCUUCCAGGAUAGCUUGGUAUCAUUCCUUGAGAAGGCAAAUCUUGAGCCGCUGGACGAACUUGCGGCCAAAACAUCCAAGGCUGGCGUAAAAUUUCUGAAGCUCGCGAUACAGUUGACCCUGCGCUCAUAA